AUGAGAUCCUUUACUAGUGGAUUCAAGUCCUUUAGUACGCAUAGCACUCAAAGUUUCUUCAAGAAAUUUUACCAAGACGUUGUGGAUGUAGCACCCAAGGAGUUCAAACUAGAAGAGUUGAAAAGACCUAUCGGGCUAGCACAACCCCCUAGCAAGGCUACUGUUUACUCUAGAGGUAAUUCUUUUAGAGAUUUGUUUGAUAGGGAGAAAACUAAUAAGAGAAGUAAAGAAUUGGGACUGGAAUUCAGUAAAUCUGGGAUGUACGAUAUCCAUAUCUUUAGAAAAACCAAUGGUAAACUGUUUACAUCACCACCAUCCUAUUGGCGUUCUGACAAAUCACUUUAUUUUCCACAUAUUACUGGAUUAUCGUUAAAGGAUGGCCAAGUGUCUUUGGAAGAUACACUAAGAGGCAAGGUAUCUGUGGUGAGACUAUUUAGUAGUAAAGUUGGUGAUGAUCUUUGCAAACAGUAUUUACAGAACGAUGAAUUGAAACUGAACUACUUGGAGCCCAGUGCCUCCCAAUCGCUGCAAUCGAAGGGAAUCCAAACCGUCGACGUUAAUUUUGUUGAUAGUGGGAUCAAAUACGCGCUUAUGAAGUUGUUCAUAGGGCGUCUCAGAUCUGCUGUACCGGCUUAUCGUCACUCUCACUAUUUGUUAGCCGAUAGGGAACAAUUGCCUUUCAACGUUAGAGAGACUUUGCAGAUCAAUAACGUUUAUACAGGGUUUACGAUCGUUGUAGAUCCGGCACUCAAGAUUAGAUGGAUGGCAAGUGGUAGUGCUACGACUGACGAAUUUAAGACUUUGUGGAAGUGCGUGAAGAGAAUUCGUGAGGAAUCUUUCCAUUGA